AAUGAGGAGGGAGAUCAUGCAGCAUUUAUCUUCAGCUCAUGAGUGGGACCUGACUGAUCAUAUUCGAGGAAAAGGGAUCCACUGAACAAUGACAGCGUGUUUGCGUAAAAUCAUCAAAACCACAUCUUAAAUUCUAAACUCGCCGACACCACAUGGUUGAAACUUUUUCGUGUGCUGAAUAAUAAAUUUGCCUUGACCCACAAAAAAAGAGACAUAGCCUACAGUAAGAUGAGGUUACAUACCAGAGUCAGUAAUGGAGAACAUCAUCCUUCUCAUUACAAUAAUUGGACCGUGGGGAAGAGGAAUGAUCAAAUGCUGAGAAAAUAACCUACAGAAACUCUAUGAUGGAUUACAGACAAAAAAGAAAGCUGUCUUUUCUUACUAUUGGAUUAAUAUUUCUUUUGAGUGGUGUGGAAUACGCUGUCAUUCUGCCCACUAUAUGGAGAUAUCUGCAGCUAUUAGAGGCACCACCUUAUUUUCUUGGCUUGGGUCUAUCUGCGUUCAGCUUCAGUGCGCUGGUUUCUGGUCCAGUGUUUGGUCACUGGUCAGACAAGACCAGAGCUACAAAGACCAUCAUCCUUUUCUCCAAUGUGUUUGAAAUUGUGGGAAACUUCAUGUAUUUUAUGGGAUAUUCAAAAUGGCUUCUUCUGUCCAGCCGACUUGUUGCAGGUAUUGGAGCAGGAGCGGGUUCCUCGAUUUUUGGAUUCCUCACACGCACUACUCUCCCUGAUGAGCGAGCUGGAGUCUUUGCUGCUGUCAUGGCGUGCCGUCAGGCCGGACUUCUGAUCGGUCCUGCUUUCAAUAUCUUCCUAAGGUUGUGUGAUUUCAAACUGGGUCCAUUUGUUGUAAAUAAGUACACCUCGCCUGGGCUCUUCAUGUGCGGGAUGUGGGUGCUUAUGCAGUUUGCAGUAAUGGUUCUGUACUGGGACAUCCCACCACUGGACUCCUUCCCUGAGCAGCACAUGCCUCUCAGAGAGGUCAGAGGUGAAGAAGAUGAGCCGCUCAUGAGUCUAGAGGAUGAGCGCAUGGCUGCAGCAGAGGACUCGUAUGACUCCGUCAGUCCAGAACAGACAGAGACCCAGCUCUCAUCUGAACUCCCACCUUCUCCUCCAGAUUCACCCUCUCUAGACACCUCUGACCCCUUUGAAAACUUCAGUGCCAGUCAAGAGUUUCUGAGGGAGGAGGUGGUGGUUCUCCUCACCGCUCAGUUCAUCACUCUCUUCAAUCAGACAGCACUCGAGACCAUGGUGACCCCUCUGACGCAGAAGUACUUUGGCUUGGGUGAGCUGGGGAACAGUGUGAUGUACAGUCUGUGUGGGGUGGAGGUAAUUGCAGGCUUCUUCCUGGUGCGCUGGCUGAGCCGUGUGCUGGAGGACCGGGUGGUGCUGGCGGUGGGGCUGCUCAUCUGCAGCGUGGCUUGUGUCUGGUGCCUCAUCUUUCUGGCCAAUCCACAAGGUGGCUUUGCAUUCGAGUUGAUUGAGUUCAUCAUCGGAGUGUUCCUGCAGUUACUAGGACUUCCUUUCGUUGCAGUGUCUCAGGUGUCUCUCUUUUCUAAGGUUACAGCUGAGAAAACACAAGGCUUUAGUCAGGGUGUACGGCGUUCAGUCGGGGGUCUUGCCACCAUUCUCGGGCCCCUGUGGGCAGGGGGUCUAAUAGGAAAUCUAUAUGUGAUGCUGGGUAUGAUGAUGCUCCUACUGACCCUCAUCAUGAUCAUGAUGGUGUUGUCCUAUGAGAAGCUGGUGGAGCCGCCCAGGGUGGAGCAUGCAGAGGACUCAGAGAACGGAGGAUAGACGCCACCCUUCACUACACACGAUACAGCACAGAUCAAGAGCCCCUCUCUCUGCGGUCUGUCUGCCAAAGUUGAGCGCUCGUGUGGGGCUGUACAGAGCAGAUGCUGAAACAGUGGGAGAUAAGAGACCCUGCCAGGACUAGCAGACCGCAAACAGCGAGAAGGGCGAACACACAACCACACACACACACACACACACACACACGCACACACACACACAUACACACACACACACUUAGUAUGUUUGGCAUAACGUAUCCUUAAAUCUGGCAUAGUUUUGUUAAAUACUGCAGUUUUUAUAUUAAUCAUUUCUGAUUUCAUUUAGCAUAGUCAACGUAUUUACUGUGUGACUCUUUUAAUGUAAAUAAAUGGUUUGAGGAUCUCCUGAUA